AUGGGUAUGAGGAAAAAAAUCCCAAAUUUUCUCGCAUAUUCGUGUUUUUUCACGGUACUUCUUCUGCUUGUCUCUGCACGUGGGGGUUCAUGCGCUCUAUUUGGGAAUUUACCUUCUGUUGUUGCCUAUCAACCGGGCACGGAGAUCCCAAUCACCGUAAAUUCCUUGACUUCUCAGAGAGGUUUACUACCGUUUGAUUUUUACUCCGUGAAAACUUGCCAACCGGAUAAACAGCGUAUGCAUGAUGAACGAGUAAAGGAAAACCUCGGAGAGAUUAUUCUUGGUAAUCGUAUUUUACCUUCUGAGUAUUCUGUUACAGUUGGCAGAAAUGUUUCUUGCCAAUUUGUAUGUACUGUAAAAUAUGAAAAAUCGGAUAUGAAACAUCUUUCAAAACUGAUUGACCAAUAUUACCGUGCCCAUAUGUUUCUUGCAGGACUUCCGCUCUUGGAAAAGUCUCGUCUUAACAGCUUAAGUAGACGUCCACGCCUUGGUUACAGACUUGGAGUAUCAAAGAAGGCCAGUGUCUUGUCAAAAGUACUAAUAAAUAAUCAUCUUCACUUUACAGUAACAUACGUUCCUUUAGAGAUGGGUGGUUACUCAAUUACAGGAUUUUAUGUGACACCAUCCUCAGUAAAGAGUGAAUCUGGAUGUCCUUCUCAUGAUUCUAUAUCAGCCGAAACACCUCCACCCGUUACAUCUGAUGAUAAAGAAAUUACGUACUCUUACUCUGUUUCAUGGGAAAUGGAUAACGAUGAGAGUUUUCUUACGACAAGGUGGGAUCUCUACGCACGUGCGGGACGUUCUGCAACGAAAAGGGGUCACUGGAUGGCAAUUUUAAAUUCUCUUGCAUUACUGAGUUUCUUGGGAAUUCUUGUUAUGAUUGUUUUGGCACGAACUGUCCGCAAGGAUCUACUUAUUUACGGUGAUGCUGAUUUGACAGAAGAUGCUCAAGAAGAAUCUGGAUGGAAACUUGUACGUGGGGAUGUAUUUCGAACUCCUCCAUAUUCUCUACUCCUUACAGCUUUUAUUUCUACAGGGUCUCAAAUGCUACUGAUGGCUCUUGUUACUGUACUUUCAGCUUUUUUGGGAGUUUUACAUCCAUCACAGCGAGGUAAUUUAUUAACAAGUCUCAUUAUAUUUUUCUGUUUUGCAAGUUGUAUUUCUGGAUAUGUGGCUGGAAGGAUGUUAAAGUUUUUCCGUAAGCAAAGCUGGAAGAACGGUUUUGCUGCAGUUACGUUGGUACCUGGAUGCAUGUUAUUGGGAUAUCUUUUGGGAAACUUUAUAAGUUGGACAAAACACGCCAGUACAGCACUUCCAUUUGGAACACUUGUAGGAGUUCUCUUAUUAUGGGUUGCUGUACCUAUACCACUUGCAUUUUUGGGUCUUUCUGCAGGUUUUCAUGCAGAAGUGUUGUCUGUACCGACUAAAGUUGGUAGUAUCCCACGCAUGGUUACGGAGAGAAGUCUUAAUAAACGAAUUCUCUACGUACUAGGAGGUGGUCUUGUCCCUUUUACUGCUGCCUUUGUGGAGGUUGUAUAUAUUCUUGGAUCAUUCUGGAAGGGCGAACCGUUUCACUAUUUCGGCUUCCUUGCAGGUAUUGGAGUGGUUAUUGCUUUUAUAUGUGCAGAAGUGGCAGUGGUCGUUACAUACACUAUGCUCUCUGAAGAAGAUUAUCAAUGGUGGUGGGGUAGUUUUCUUUCUUCAGGUAGCUGUGGUUUGUACUUCUUUGGGUACAGUCUUGUCUACCUUUUUUCUGUGCUCGAGAUUCGUCAAAUUCUUUCAAUGAUACUUUUCUGCUUGUAUACAACGGGAGUUUCACUUCUUAUUGGUAUGGUGAUGGGAACAAUGGGCUUUUUCGCGUCUGCCUUUUUUGUAAGAACGAUAUAUGGGGCAAUUAAAGCUGACUGA